AUGGUGAGCGUCGUGUCGAAACGUUCGGGAUGGCGAAUAUCGCGCCUCCCUUAUCUCGCACUUACUCCAUGCACGUCGCAAACAACGGGGGUCGGCGCAACCUGCUCAAGCCGCGCUGACGCACGCCUGUUUUCUCCAAUCUGGAGGGCGGCUGUUUCUGUUUGCUGUCGGCCCUGGUUUUGUUUGACGUCGCGCUGCAGGGGGGCUUCGGCAAGCAGGGCCUCCAGUGCUGAGGUAAAACACCGCGACGCCACGCAGUUCUGCGCGCUGCGGGACAUCCUGGGAGACCGGCUUCCAGCUAGGGGAGGUUUCUUCAAACUUCGGCUGCCGCGGCCACGUAUGCUGAUUGGCACGUUUUGUUGUCAAUCCGCCGCCACACUGGAGUUCGGCGAAGCCAUGGCGAGGCCGUGUCCGACGUGAGCAAUCAACAAGUAGUCGCCUGGCGAUAGCUCACGGCGGGCCAGCCGCAGCCCGACUAGCAGACGACACUGCCGACGACAACGACGCAAACUGCAGCGAGCCCAUUGUCAUUGCGAUAACCGCUCCGACGUUCGAUUGACGUGGUGCCGAACAUGCAAGGUGUCGCCAAGGACACAGGAUGUUUGCUGCAUUGCUCGGGCCCGGCAGGCCCGGCACACAGUGGGCCAGAAGACCGGUGGAGGCGGUCAGAGUACCG